GCACUUCCGCUUCCGGGCCGGGCGGGAAGAUGGCGGCGGCCGGUGAGGAGGUGGAGGCGGCGGACUGGGCGCUGCCGGCCGAGGUGGAGGUGCUGGAAUCCAUCUACCUGGAGGAGCUGCGGGUGGUGCGGGGCCGCGCGAGGUCCGAGCCCUGGGAGGUGAGCAUCACCCUGCACCCCGCCACGGCCCAGGACCAGGACUCCCAGUUCGUGCGGUGCACACUGGUGCUCGCCGUGCCCCCCCAGUAUCCCAUCGAGGCUCCAGACAUCUCCAUCAGCAACCCACGGGGGCUGUCAGAUGAGCAAAUCCAAAAGAUGUUGCAGACCCUCAGAAAUGUUGCUGAAGCCAGGCUGGGGACAGAGGUGCUAUAUGAGCUGAUUGAGAAGGGGAAGGAGAUUCUCACUGACAACAAUAUUCCUCAUGGCCAGUGUGUGAUCUGCCUCUAUGGAUUCCAGGAGAGGGAAGCCUUCACAAAGACCCAGUGCUACCACUACUUCCACUCCCACUGCCUGGCCCGCUAUGCCCAGCACAUGGAGGAUGAGAUUCUCAUGCAACAGGAGGAGAGAGAACAGCACCUGGCACCUUCCCCCAAACAGAAAGUCGGCGUGCAGUGCCCUGUCUGCCGGGAAACCUUGGUUUAUGACCUCUGCGCCCUGAAGGCAGCGCCACCACCACAGCACCCGCUGGAGCCAUACAGGCCAGAUGCCAAGAUGCUGCAGCACCAAGAAGAACUGCGCUUAAUUUUCAAGAAACAGCAAGAGAAAGGGGGCAUCAUUGACCCUGAAGCAGAGAAGAACCGUUACUUCAUCAGCCUCCAGGCGCCUCCAGCUACUGUUGAUCCAGGCCAGGCAGCUGCUGCCUCUGAGCCGCUGGUGAGUGCUAGCAAUGUGGAUGCACCUCAGGCACCCUGCCAGGCCUCAGCUCUGGAGCCAGCCAGGGCUCCAGAGAGCAAGGCAGAGCCUGGGCAGCCUGAGAGGCCUGCUGUGCCCAAGGAACCCCAAAGCAAGAGGCAGAGGCACAGAGGGGAGAGGUCAGGCCCAAGAGGCCAGGGCAGGCAGUCCUGCAGCAGCUCGCAGGAAGGGGCAGGGGAAGCCUGUCAUCUGUCCCAUGGCUCCAGGGCGCCCAGAGGCUUUGGUCAGAGAUCAGAGAGAAGACCUGGUGGGAGGCACUGUCAGGAAUUUCCGAAGCCUCACAGCAGAAGCAAGGCAGCUGCUUUGGCUGAAAGAAAGGAGCUGUGCCCUGAAGAUUCCUCACCAGUAGCGGAUACAGUGGACUUGAAAGAGGAACACCAUAACAUGGAAAGAUGGACCCCAGAGCAAGGUGCUGAGGCCCAAAGCAGGGAGAAGGAGAACCUGGCAUUCAACCGCAGCGAGCACAGAGCAGCUCCUGGCUGCCAAGGCCACCACAGGCCCUGGGAUUGUGGGAGGUGGGAAAGGUCAAGAGUGCAGGAUCGUGGCUCCUACCACAGAGCACCAAGAGGGCGAGGGGUGUUCAGGCCCAGUGGACGUCGAGAAGCCCAUUUUGUGGAGAAGGAGAGCAGUUCCUAGCAGGAGGGGUGAGGGGCUGGGUUGGGAAGGGCUGUUAAUAAUAAGAAUGGCAAAGGCUCUGGUGGAGCAGUAGCAAGGAGUCACCAUACAACUUGGGACAGAGGAUGGAGUUGGCACAGCUUGGGACGGGUGGAGUCUCCAUGUUUCAUGUAGAAUAAAGCAUUGGGCUGCCUGGUGUGAGCAACUGGCUGUCACCACCACUGGAGAAGCUGACUUCUGAUAGGUCACAGCAGCCUUAGUCCUGAGGGAAGCAGGAGGCAGAGCAGGGCUUGACCAGGGACCAGCAUGCAUCCAUCACCUGUUUUUGUGAGCCAAGAAACAUACAUACCUACAUAAACAAGUGGAAUUAGCUUGGCGUGGUGCUACAGCAGAGCCAAAGCUGUGCAGGACCUUCCCUGGAACUGAGCAUCCCCACAGAGCCAUGGUGGCACCAUGUGAUGAGGCUGUGCCGGGGCAGCAACCUGCAGCUCAGCUUGCUGCAUCCUUUGGGGGUGCUUGGAGCACCUUCUCAGCUGCUGUCCAUACUCCUUAGAGAUGAUUUUUUCUUCUAUGGUGCAGACUGCUGCUCAACUCAUAGGCUUGGCCAGGCAAGUCCUUUGUAUAACACAACUCUUCCCAGCCCCAGCCAGAGCUAAAUUAAGUUUAAGUCAAUGCUUUGGCAGGUCAGGACUGUCCAGUGACUGAGGUCUGGUGCUGGCUCCUGCUCCCCCUGGAAGCUUGAGUUUAGCUGGAGCUUCUGCCCCGUCCUUCAGCUGCUUUUUUGCAGUUCCUUAUGCUGCUGUUUCAGAUUCAAACUGUGUCCUGCUGCAGAGAUGUGACAGGAAUCCCAAAUUUCUGAAGUGGGACACUGCUAUUAAAUUAAUUUGUUGGGUCUUCUCUGAAGCCUGUUCCUUUUGUUUUCUUUGCCCUCCCACUCCUGUUCUUAGCUGUUUGGAGCAGGUGUUGAUCCUUGGUAUUACUCCCUUGCCUCCUAUUCUGAACUGGCAGGGGAAGUCUCCUGGAUAGCAGGAUGCUGCUUUGUCUGGCUCAGUUUGACCUGUCUGGCUCACUUGGACCAUACUCAUUUCUUCACAGUUGUUUGUGCCUCGUGUCCCCCUAACAAAUCCCCUCUUCUCACACAGAUAAGUGUCAUCUUCCUUUUGCUCACUGAGCUUUUAACAGAGCAAAAAUCUCCACGUUCAAAUUGCCAAGCUCCUCAGCAUCCUGCAGUGAGUCAAAUUUUUCUUUCUCCUUGUUGGGAAAGCUACUGUGUCACAGUUGGAGCAUGGGAAUUCAGCCACAGAAAUUAAAGCGAGCAAGGUCUUCAGUAACCUCAAAUACUAUGCUUGAUAAAAAGGGAGGGGUUAUUUUUUUGCCAGGGAGAAGGGAUGAAGGAAGGGCUCUCACCUUUCUGACUCACUUGCUGUCAGCCUGGAGCAAAGGAAAAUUCUGCACUAGUGUGUGGAAAUGAAUUUGGGCCAAACAAAUCCCUUCAGAAAAUGUCCCGACAGCAGCAGGUAGAGGCUGUCAAGACAGCACUUAUCGCUGAAUUAAAGAGGAUGGUGGGGUGCUCUGUGGGAGAGCAAGGACAUGAUAUGCUUUCCCUGCUCUGGGUCUGAGAAACUUCAAAGUAGCAGAUGUCUCCAGCUCCUUUCUCUAAAAGUUUGUCCAGGGUGGGGAUUUAGAAUGAGGGAGAAAUGGAGUCUGCACCAUGCCCUGAGGCUUCUCACUUGGCAUUUGCUUGCAUCCCUAUUCCCAAGAUGGGGCUGUGCUAUUACUGACCUACCUCACAGGGCUGUUGUGAGGCUAAACUGACAGUGGUGCUCAGGCUGGGCAGAAAGACACGAAGGGUGGCUGUAACAUUAACACUAUUAAAAGCAAGCAGCAUGACACAA